AUGCACGGCGUGGCCUCGUUUUCCUUGGAAACUUGUAUUUUUAUCGGUUGUGAAAACGUGUUCUUUUUCAAUACAAGCUUUCUAAGUUUGACAGCGAUAGCUGCGAACCGGUACUUGGCCGUGGUGAAAAAAGUUCAUCACAAAAUCACCGCAAAGAAAGCAAAGAUUGUUAUAUGUGGAUUAUGGCUUCUGUCGCUAAUUGCUUCGCUCCCCUGGGGCACAAUCUUCGCAUGGGAACCGGUUUCCGAGAGUCGUUUUCUAGCCUGGCUUGUUUACUGUCAAAAAUCACCUGGAAUUUUUGACAAUCUUGGUAGCGCGUCACUGUCAGAAAUUGUGACACUGCUACUCAAUGUGCUAUGUAUUGGUGUGCCUAUCCUCAUUCUUCUACUGUGUUUCUAUUAUAUUUUAAAGUCAGCUUUACGAAACCGUCGUCAGGUUAGUGUGAGCUACAACAUUCAUCAUGUGGCUGCAGAUGCUUACGCCAGGUCAGCUUUCACGACUUUGUUGAUUAUAACCGUCUACUUGAUCUGCAAUGCUUUUAUUCUGCCUAUUAUUAUUUCGCCAUCAUCGGCUAAGAGUAAAAUUAAUUCCUUUGUGUAUCGUUUCUUCAUCUGGCUACGCUCUGCUACGUAUCCAAUGGUGUACAUACUACGAAACCCGAUCUACUUUCGUCUGCUGCGGAAAAAAAUCAUGCAGAUAUACACCUACAUAGUUCAGACAUGUCCGUGCAGAUUCAAGGACGAAGGAACUUCGUAUACCAGGCCAAAAUCCCCGGUGCCUAAAGCUAUCGCCAAUAGUGGUGUUGCCAUGGAGAUGAAUAAAAGGCGUGGUCACGAUUCUUCUCACCGAGAUAGUCCAAUUCCCGCAACACAACAGAUAAGGGCCUGGUACAUCUCUAAACCAACUAUGGCAUUUACAGACUUGGAGAGGGUAGAUGGACGAAGAAAUCAAAAUAGGACUGGGACUAGUAAAGUCUAG